AAUGUACAUAUACUGUUUGGCUUUUUAAUUUCAACAAAAUUUACUCCCGAAAAUGAACGCACCAAUAGUUUGGAUAAUGGGAAGCGCGAACAGCGGCAAAGACGUCCAAGUUCAAAAAAUUGUGGAGAAGUAUGGCUUCACGCACAUCGAUCCCAACGCCAUAGUGGACAAAGAGAUCGAGGCUAAGAGUGCAGAUGGCAAAAAGUUCGAGGCAAUACGCAAGGAUGGCAAAGAAGUACCCUUGGCCGACAUAGUGCCGCUAGUGGAGAAGCAAAUCAUGGGACAACGUGGCGGGGUCAAGGGCUAUUUAAUCGAUGGAUAUCCGCACAACGAAGCCGAAGCCAAGAUAUUGGAAGAACGUCUUGGGCCGCCUACAAUGGUGAUUGCGUUGGAUGUCCAAGGGGAUACCAAUAAAAAAGACUCCAAGGCAGUACUCCAGAAAUAUGCCAACAUAACGAUGCAAAUCAAUGCCGAGCGUGAUGCCAAGGAAGUGUUCGAGGACCUAGUUCCCAAUUUCGAGACACUGGCCAAGAACCGAGGACCCCAAAUCUCAAUCGGACGCUAGAGCCUCAAACUUCAAAAUCCUUAGAAAUCAAGUACAGCACCAUAGACACCAUAGACAAUCAAAUCAAAUCAAAUCCAAUCCAAACAAAUACAAAUUUAGCACGACUGCUUGAACGGCAUAGCUACAGCAAAAAGCACACGGAGCUCGAAAAGCUCACAUCAAAAGCUUGCUUCAGCGGUGCGCUCGUCUACGCGUACUGAAA